AUGAAUGGUCCAAACGAUCAGAAAAAGCAGGCUCACAUUAAGCGGCCCCUGAAUGCGUUUUUCGUGUGGAGCCGACUGUUGAGGCCCAAACUGUUAGAACAAAACCCUAAUAUUAGCAACGUUCAGGUCAGCGUCCUUCUCGGGAAAAUUUGGAACGAAAUGUCCGAAGAACAGAAAAAACCGUACUAUGAGGAAUCGAAACGGAUUAAGCAACAGCACAGGGUGGACUACCCUGGGUGGCAGUUCCAGAGAAAUCCGCACCCACCGGCUAAACACUCCAAAAACAGGAAAUACGAGAGUCUCAUGAAAUCGCCAGACGUUGGAGAUAACGCUCUAAGAAACAGCCGCACUUAUCAAAUCCCUCAAGUGAUUUUCAUCCCCAGCGGGCAGGGGUUUUGGCCGAUCGCCCACAACAGCGUUCCUGAAACAAGGGUUCCUUUUUACACACCAGAUGAUCUUCCGAACAGAAUGCAAUCCUGUCCGCGGCAGCUAUAUAUGGGUGCUAAAUCGUGCACACAGGAGACUCUUGGAUACGACAGAUAUAUUCCGGAAUGUUCGAUGUUACCGGCUUACCCAUAUCCGCACCCCGAGGCUGAAUAUGCACAACUGAAGCCAGAAGAGGUAAAUGUUCCGCAGGAAUGUCUGUAUAAGUCUACUCCCUUUGAAGUGACCAGCACACAGGUGAAGUAUCUUUCUAACACUGUGGUUCAAGAAAACUCUCAUCACAAGGUCCUCGGAGAAGGAGGCAUGAGCUCAACUGUAUCCGAAACACUUUCUGAGACGUUCGAAAUUCUUUACAACAAGAAAACUAUCUGUGUUCAGCAACCUGAACCAGAACUCUUUCAAACACAACCGGCAGUCAGUAAUGAGCAUUUGUGCGAAAGGCAAUCGAAAUGCGACCCUGUUGUCAUGACGACCCGUAUAGAUAAUGGCAGAGAAAUUAUCUCUCUUCCGUCGAUUCUCUCCAAAACGGAAGGCAUGCCAGGAACGCUUCUUCAUAUACCCGAACAGAAUGGAAUCCACUUUGAACGUAAUUAUGAAUUUGAGAGCAACGUGAACGAUCCUGGAAGGUUUGAAAAUGCGCAAUUACCAUUAUCGCAGCCAAGAGACGAAAUAAUUGAAAGUACCCAAUUCUUAGUCGAGGAUUCGCAUCUACAUGCACAGAUGUGCAACGUAAACAUGCUUCUUGACUGUGAGGGAUACCAGAAUGUGCCAGUGUCCGAGCGGACUCCUGAAGAAGACCAACCACUCACUAUUUUCGAUACUGGUGCUACCGAGGUCGGUGAUAUCAACUCAAACCAACCAUACGAGGAACAAGUCCACCGAGCAGCCGAAAUACUCCAAGACUACAAAUCCGAUAUUUUCAGCGAUAAUGAUUUCGGAUCGUUGGACGGCAACAAUUGGCUUGGCGACCUGGUUUCGGGCUCCUGCUCAGACGAAGCCUUCUCUGCGUCAAAUUCAAAUACAGGAAACGAGGAAUCGAUUAAUUUGGAAAACUUGUCGGAACUGUCGUGCUUUCAGAUGUCCAGCGAUAAUUCUCUUUUCGACUGCCUCAUUCCUACUUGUCAGUCCUGUGUGCAGAUUCGAUCACAAAUCCACCUCAUGAGCGAGGGUGGACAUAGAGACUUAGCAGAAAAUACCCAUAAUGGAUGGACGCUCUGGUAUGACGAAGGGGAAAACAUUGCGACGGUUCCGAAGAGUGAUGCGGACGCUGUUGAGUCUUUGGAAAGUUCGGUCGAUAACUUUGGUCACGUGAGCUACGACAGAGUCUGA